CGCGCCCGCCCGCCGGCCCCGCCCCGCUGCCAGCACCAGCUAUGGCGGCCAUGAGCCUGCUGCUGCGGGCGGCGGCUGCCUGGGGAGCCCGGCGGGCGGCGGCGGGCAGCGCUCGGCUCCCCUGGGUCGCCGGGGCCGCCCGCCUGCCCGGCACCGUCGCUCCUGUCCGACACAGCAGCCAUGGGAAGAGAAUGUUUAUUAUCAAGGCAACAAGCUUUUAUGAUACUCGAUUUCUGAGUUUGCUGAGAUUCUAUGUAUUUCUGACAGGGAUACCAGUGGCGCUAUUCAUAACGUACGUCAACAUCUUCAUUGGUGAAGCUGAACUUGCAGAGAUUCCUGAAGGUUAUGUUCCAGAAUACUGGGAAUACUACAAACACCCUAUAAGUCGCUGGAUAGCUCGUUACUUCUUUGACCCCCCUGAAAAGAACUAUGAGAAGCAUAUGGCUUUGCUCGAUAUUGAAGCAAAGAAAACUGACCUGAGGAUGAUGGAAUUGGAGGCACGCAGACUGAUGAGGCAGAGGGGAGAUGGACCAUGGUAUCAUUAUGAAACGCCUGAUAAAAAUCUUACUGACAAUUCUGUGAAAUCCACACCUGACAAUUGAACAGUUUGAAGGUAGUAUGCACAGUUUUAAUUGCAUCCCAACAAAUUGUGGCUUAACUAUGGAAUAUACAUCCUGCUGUGUACUGUUGGAAAUAAUAAAAUAAAAAACAUAAAAAACAC